AUGUGUGGCACACAUUUUGAGCAGACAAAUCAAGGUGGUAGCAGUGUGAACCAGCUUGGUGGGACGUUCCUCAACGGGAGACCUCUUCCGGACUCCAAGAGGAGGAAAAUGGUGGAGUUGGCCUCUGAGGGGGUCCGGCCCAGCCAGAUCUCCAGGAUCCUGAGGGUGUCCACAGGCUGCGUCAGCAAGAUCCUGAGCCGCUACAGACUUACUGGCCUCCUGCAGCCAAAAACAAUCGGUGGGAGUAGACCACGACUACUCACCCCCGCCGUCAUCUCCGCUAUCGUUCAGCACAAAAGGGACAAUCCGUCCGUUUUUGCUUGGGAGAUUAGGAAAAGUCUUCUGGCCACGAGGAGCUGCAAGGCUUCCAAAGUUCCCAGCGUUUCUUCCAUAAACCGAAUUCUAAGACAGAUCCCAGUCAAGCCACAGGCCUGGAUGGACAGCCAUGCACCCUGCAGGACUGAAGACAGUUUCUCCAGCACCAGCAUGGAGACAAAAGGUGUCCCUCUGAGGACGAGAACAACCUUCACUCAGCAGCAGACUAAGGUCUUGGAGAAAGCGUUCUCCCAGAGUCAGUAUGCGGACAUGUUCACCAGGGACAAGUUGUCCAACCAGACCCAGCUUGCAGAGGAGACCAUCAAAGUGUGGUUCUCAAACAGGCGGGCCAAGUGGAGGAGGGAGGUCCAACAAAGUACUCCUCAGAGCGUCUCAGCUCAGCAGCUCCACUCGAAGUUUCAUCACGUGCCUGACAACAGUACAGCGACCUUUACACGUGCUGUUUUUGUACCUGGCAGGACACUAGACCUGGACCAUCCUUGUGGACUGGCAUCCCUCUCAGGUGUCCUACUGUCCACCCCGCAUGCCUCCCACUGGACUCAGAGGUUCUGGAAGUGUUGAGUGUGGACCAUUCAACUCGACCCAGACUCUGGUCCACCAUGAUCCCAAAAACCGGCAGCAGGACGUGUGUGAGACUGGAAGAAGAGAG